AUGUCUGUAAAGUUCAGUAGCAUUGAUGGCUAUCCAACGGAAACAUCGACAGAGCAACGACGAACAGAAGAGAUACUAGCUCAUCAUCGGCCCGAUCCUAACCUCCCAAAGCCAGCACUCCAGAAGGCCGCACAUCUCCAAUGGCUGGUCCGAAAUUUUAGUCAAGGCUUCCCGGAGAGAUUUGUUAGCCAGGAUGCGAGCCAGCCAUGGCUUUUCUUCUGGACUAUACAAGGGUUUUACUUCCUCGGAGCAGACCUGGAUCCUCAGAAUAAACAACGAUGUAUAGAUACUAUAAUGGCAUGUCAGCAUCCCGACGGAGGCUUCGGAGGCGGGCCGGGGCAGUUCCCGCAUCUCUUGCCAACUUAUGCUGCUGUCAGUGCACUUGCAUCUGUCGGCCGCCCAGGACCACGUGGCGGAUGGGACCAAAUAAACCGAGAAAAGCUAUAUGCCUUUUUUAUGUCACUUAAACAGCCAGACGGGUCCUUUCUCGUAUCGCGCGAUUCCGAGGUGGACGUUCGUGGAAUCUACUGCCUUCUUUGUGUGGCGACACUCCUUAACAUGCUGACUCCGGAACUGGUCGAGGGCACAGCGAGCUUCAUUGCAUCACUUCAAACAUAUGAGGGUGGAUUCUCGAAUGCAAGUCAUCCAUACUUCUUCGCAGAGCCAGCUUCUUUGGAGACAUUGCUUGAUUAUCCGCGUCCUCCGCUUGGCGAGGCGCAUGGAGGUUAUACCUUUUGUGCUCUAGCGAGCUGGGUGCUGCUUCGUCCACUCAUGAACAAAGAUGUGGAGCGAAAACGAGCGAUAAAUCUACGAAAGCUUACGCGUUGGUUAUCACUUAUGCAGGGCACGGAGGUUGAGCUUGGCGGAUUUAAGGGUCGUACGAAUAAGCUCGUUGAUGCAUGUUAUUCAUGGUGGGUCGGAGGAUGCUUUGCCUUAUUACGUUCUCUUGGUGUUGGUGUACACCCUCCUAUACCUCAGCAACAACAUCAAGGAGACGAGGAAGACGGAGACGAUGAACAAUGGGCGGACGUCGAAGGUUCGCAAGCUGCCGUCAAUUUGUCAUUCUUGUGUAAUAGACUCUAUCCUUCAGAUGACAUAUUUAACCGCCCGGGCUUACAAGAAUACAUCCUUUAUGCUGCACAGCACCCUAUUGGCGGAUUGCGAGACAAACCACCGAAACCCGCGGAUGCCUAUCAUACACUUUACUCGCUUGCGGGCUUAUCUACUGCACAGCACUACGUCUCUCCAUCGAAUGAUAUUCGGGAGAAAUUCCGAAAAGAGUGGAAGCGAAAAGAUGACGAUCCACUCGACGACUGGCGCAAAUCUGCUUAUGUCGAGGCCCGUACGUGGAAAGAAGAAGAAGGCGGUUCGAUAUAUGUCAACGGGCCAGGAGAUCGUCUCAAUGCGACGCAUCCGAUAUUUACUCUUACAAUGACGCAUGUUGGCCAAGUUAUGGAGCAUUUCUAUGGACAGUCUUGACGCUUGAUGGAUGGUGAGGACAAAGAAGUUGUAUUAUAUUUUUAGUAUAUCAUAGCAGGAAAACGUCAAACAAUAAGCAUAGAAUUAACGCACUUUCAUUCAGAAGCAGAAGAGGGUCGGGAUUACGGCACAGAAACUUUAUCACAAGAUCGUCAUAGGCGGCCGAACAGCUAACUGAUAAGAUU